AAUAAUGCAAGGUUUAAAAGGACUUUAACGGCCCAGUGACUGAGCCGCCGCCGAGGACUCAGCAACCUCCUCCUUGAGGCCCCCUCGCUUCCCGACGCUCCGUCCCCCCUGCCCACCUUCUCCCGCCGCAGCCUUCCGCAGGCCGUUUCCACCGAGGAAAAGGAAUCGUAUCGUAUGUCCGCUAUCCAGAAUCUCCUCUCUUUCAACCCCUUUGCUGAUGCAAGUAAGGGUGAUGACCUGCUUCCCGCUGGCACUGAGGAUUAUAUCCAUAUUAGAAUUCAACAGAGAAAGGGCAGGAAGAGCCUUUCUACUAUCCAAGGGAUCGCUGAUGAUUACGAUAAAAAGAAACUAGGGAAGGCCUUUAAGAAGAAAUUUGCCUGCAAUGGUACUGUAAUGGAGCAUCCAGAAUAUGGAGAAGUAAUUCAGCUGCAGGGUGACCAGCGCAAGAACAUAUUGCCAGUUCCUCGUGGAGACUGGACUGGCUAAGGAUGACCAGCUGAAGGUUCAUGGGUUUUAAGUGCUUUUGGCUCACAGAAGCUUAAGUGAGGAUUUCUUUGCAAUGAGUAGAAUUUCCCUUCUGUCCUUUGUCACAAGUUUAAAAACCUCACAGCUUGUAUAAUGUAACCGUUUGGGGUCUGCUUUUCACUUGGACUGGUGUUACUCCUUCAUGCAAUAAACUGAAAAGAGCCACGAUGUCUAGUCUUGAAGUUCCUCAUUUAAAUAGAGGUCAAGCAGUAGGCGCCUGGCAGUGUCCAGCCUAAAACGGAGCAAUACCGUGAUGUUUCAGCCAAGCCCAUGUCUGGCCAAAGCGCCUCACCAGAGUUCCCUGCCCUCAGAGAAUGUCACCGCCGGAGCAGCCUUCGGUGAAGCUGGGAGGAGAGGGGUAAGGCACCAGCGGCAUGUGCACCACUAGAGGGAGCCUUCCGUAACCACAGAUCUACACCUGACCUGGUGAUGGAGCUUAGAGCAAGCAGCCUGCCACCUUCUCUCCAGUGAGGUGUAAGGACUUCUGGCUUGCCACCAAGGUCUUUUUGACCAGACAGAUCCUAGCUAAUUGUUGUCCAAACAGCAUAAUUUGAGGCCAACCUUCUUAUCAGAGUUAAACUUUUGACAAGGGAACAAAUUUCAAACUGAAGUGUCAGUCAUGUAGCUAGCUAUAGAGCUUGCAACUCCCUAGCAACAGCUGCCCAAUGCCAUGUGAAGUAAAAAAAAAAAUGAUUUUGGGGGUGUUCUUUUUUCCUUCCUUCAAUUUUAAUGUUAUGUUAUGUAUUUAAACCCUUAUUUAAAUAAAAUUUGUUUUCAGAAACACCUGAAAAAAAUU